GAUUCCUUCAGAAUUUUCAAAAACAUGAGCUAUUUAAUAUGAUGAUCUACUUUUUGUAUUUACAACAACACUUUGGCAACUCUGUUCGGUGAAUGUCAUGCUUAAAUUUAUCAAAUGGCAACAUUUCGGUUACAAAAUCAAAAUAAAAUUGUACGUGAAUGAAGAUUGAAGUUCAAACGUAAUCGAUAUGACGACACCAACUUUAUAAAUGAAAGGUGCCGUUGGUUGUGCCAGCAGUUGACUGAACACAGUGAGACGUUCGGCUACAGUGCGAGCCAACGCUCAUUCAAAAAUCUCGACUUUAAUACACAAUACUGUAGUGUGUCGCAAGUGUUUGGUGUGUCAUUGAUUACAUAAAAAGUAAAAAUGCGUUGCCCGUUCAUAGGAUUGUUGAACCAAGCCUUCGUAAAGAAUUACGGAGCUACCCUUAUGAAACAAUACGGAAACUACUGUCCCAUGGUUACUCGUGGGUUCCGCUCUCUCGGCAUUGAUGAAACUAAGUGCCCCUUCAUUCAGCAAAACGCGAUUAUUUCGGAGGCUCCAAAGGAGAUGACUGAAGACAUCACGGAGCCAGUGCAAUCCUACCGCUAUGAGAAGUUCUUCCACGACCAGAUCAGUGCUAAGAAGAGGGACUACUCCUACCGCGUCUUCCGGAAGGUAUCGCGGUUGGCAGCGGAGGGCGUGUACCCGCAGGCGCUGGAGGGACCCGACAACCACCGCGUCACCGUCUGGUGCGCUAACGACUACCUCGGGGCCUCGCGCCACCCUGUUGUCCAAGAUGCUGCAGUCAAUGCUAUCAAGUCAUAUGGUACUGGAGCAGGAGGUACCAGAAACAUUGCAGGAAACUCACAGAUGACUGAAAAAUUGGAGGCUGAAAUAGCAAAUCUGCACAAGAAGCCUGCUGCUUUAAUAUUUAGUUCAUGUUUUGUUGCAAACGAUGCAACACUGUCUACUUUAGCAAAACUUUUGCCGGGUUGUUUAAUUUAUUCUGAUGCUGGAAACCAUGCCUCGAUGAUACAAGGGAUUCGAAACAGUCGAGCCCCAAAGCAUAUAUUCAGGCACAAUGACCCAAAUCAUUUAAGAGAAUUGUUGGCUCAAUCGCCAACUGGCGUACCCAAGCUAGUCGUGUUUGAGACUGUACACUCUAUGAGUGGAGCGAUAUGUCCUUUAGAUGAAAUGUGUGAUAUAGCACAUGAGUAUGGAGCUCUUACAUUUGUUGAUGAGGUCCAUGCUGUGGGAUUGUAUGGGAAGCAUGGUGCUGGUAUAGGAGAGGAGAGAGGAAUACAGCACAAGAUAGAUAUAGUAUCAGGAACCUUAGGAAAGGCGUAUGGUAACGUAGGAGGCUACAUCGCCGGGUCAUCCUUGCUGGUGGACACCGUGAGGUCGCUGGCGCCCGGCUUCAUCUUCACGACGGCAUUGCCGCCGCCCGUGCUGGCGGGCUCGCUGGCCGCCAUCCGCCUGCUGGCCAGCGAGGAGGGCCGCAGCCUGCGCUCCAGGCACCAGACCAUCGUGCGGUACCUAAAGCUGUCGCUGCUGGUCGCGGGGCUGCCGCAGAUGCCGUCAGUCAGUCACAUUGUACCUGUUCCGAUCACGGGCGCCGACAAGGUGGCGCUCGUAGCCGAGUCGCUCAUGAAGAGAGGCCACUACGUGCAGGCCAUCAACUACCCGACAGUGGCGCGCGGCGAGGAGCGGCUGAGGUUCGCGCCCGGCCCCUACCACACGCCAGAAAUGAUCGAUAGCCUGGUCACUGCCCUAACCGAAGCAUUCCACGAGAACAAUAUAAGUUUCAAUCAGUUCAUGAAGAAUGGUACCUGCCGCGAGUGCAGCAUGGAGUACAAGGUUGACAUCGCGUACGAAGAGCCCUACAAGUAUCUCCAAGCUGCGUAGUUCGACCUUGACAUGACCGUGUAUCGACCAUGACAUGGGCGCUUGGUUUAAUUUUAAAAAAAUUGUAAAGAAAUAUGUAAGCUAAAAAAAUGUAUGUUUAUAUUUUAUUGUUGUUCUCUAUUACGGUUCGUGGUUCAUGUUAGGUUGAAAAUUAAAACGUGGUAUCAUGGA